AUCUCGUUCAUUGAGUAGUGGUCCAUUGAGGGGCGCUCACGCUCAUUACCGCUUCGCCGGCCGGCCCUGCGCACACGCAUAGCGCGUUGCUCGCGAGUCGCGGACCAUUAGUACACCGACGCACUGCCUACGACAUGUUGCCUCUCAUCUCUCGUUACAACAUGGAGAGCUUUUCGAAAUCGUGCGUCUGGCUUGUUGCAGCGGCGCUCUUGGCCGCUAGCGGUGUGAGUGCUGGCGUCGGAAGCAAAAGGCCUUUUACGCCGACCGAUUCCAUCUUGGAUAUUAUCGACACUGAGCAAGUCGAAAGAAUACUCGCGGCGCGAAGGCGAACAGAAGAAGCGACGGCUUCGUCAACGUCGUACGUUCAGAGAAAUGAGCUCGGUGAAGGUAGUUCCGAGACAAUGGUCGUGUCCGCACCAGAGCAGGAGGAUGUGACCGAAAUACCUAAAGGAGCGGCGUUUCGAAACAUACUUAAGUCUUCGAAAAAUGCAUUACUCGUCACCAAAAAAGAAUAUCUGAAAGAAGAUUGGUGCAAAACCGAACAGUUAGUUCAAAAAAUUCGGGAGCCCGGAUGUUUACAGGCGACAGUGAUUAACAAUUUUUGUUAUGGACAGUGCAACUCGUUUUAUAUUCCGAAAGGACCGCGGCGUCGUGAAGGCAAUGACGAACGGCCUCCACCUGCGUUCAAAUCGUGCUCGUUUUGUAAGCCAAAAAAGUUCACCUGGAUCACUGUUACGCUCCGCUGCCCUGGACAGAAUCCCCCCUUUAGACGCAAGCGCCUACAAAAAGUGAAACAGUGCAAGUGUCUUCCGGUGGGUGUUAACUGAUGUUGACUCGUGACAGACCCUCCUCACAGAGGCGGACAAUACGUCCAGCUCGAUCCGAGUCGCAUCCGAGGCAUGUGCUGAACAAGCAAGAGGUUGGAAUAGGAGAGAAUUAAUAAAAGCAAUAAGUGACGUGAGCGGGCUCGUAAUGACAUUGUUACCUGAUGUUUUGAUUAGUGAUUAUCACUCGCACAUUGGGGCAAGUAUGGAGCGGACUGUUAAACAUAUUCGGAACGCGUGCUCUCAUACGUCAAUAGAUAUGACGUCAUGCGAUGCAGAUAUAUAACGUCUAAUAACUUUGUAAUAGAGCGGCUUCGACUGCAAGUCGUGAAGCAAGAGCUUUAAUUGUCUGAUUAGUUGGCCGCUGUUAGAAAACUGUCGACUGGUGACCUUGCUAUCGUUUCAAAAGUAUUUAGUUCAAACGUAUCCGCGGAAAAAUCUGUGAAUAACGCGUUAUUAUUUGAAAAUCUAGUGCUAUUCUGUAAUUAACAUCAAACUCAACGUUUCCGAACGUUCGGUACGGAAUAAAUGUGAUAUUAGUUGUAGGCAAGUCUCUAGUUGUUACGUAUUAAACGAACGCGAGAAACAGUUUCAUGUUAUUUAUUAUAACUAUUUAAUAAUAUCAUUAUAUCAUAGUUGAUACCAAAAUACGCUUAUAUUGUAUAUAAUCUAAUGAUAAGUAUUAUUUCAUCGUGAUACAUUAAGAACGAUAUACUAAUAUGAACAAUUGACAGAGCAAAUGUAAUUUGUCAGACUUAAAGUUAAUUCAAAUGUUAUGAUCUCUAUUUGCUCUCCAGUCGUAUUUUGUUUAUAAAUAACAAUUUACAUAAUAUAUUGUCUUGUGUUAUGUUUGACAAGUGUAAAAUAUAUCUCGCGAGAGAUAUCAUUAAGCAAACAACGCCCGUGCAUACUCACCUCCAUUGCCCUCUUUUGAAACGCACGAGAAUUCGAACUCGUGUUCGAAAAUUAAUUUAUAUUUUUUUUCUUUUUACAUUACAUAUUAAAUCAACGA